AUGACCGCCUUACAAUAUAGCCAAAUAGUCACCUUCUUCCUCCUCUUUUGUUUCUUCAUAUCAGUUUCUCAUGGAAGGGUUCCCCCAGCUGGAGCUGACUUUCGAGUUAAAGCCGUUAAUCUCGGAGGUUGGCUGGUCACAGAAGGCUGGAUCAAACCAUCCCUUUUCGACGGCAUUCCCAACAAAGAUUUUUUGGAUGGAACCGGGUUACAGUUCAAGUCAGUAGCGGUUGGAAAGUAUCUCGCAGCAGAAACAGGUGGAGGUACAAUCGUAGUUGCAAACAGAACAUCUGCUUCUGGAUGGGAAACGUUCAAAUUGUGGAGGAUUAACGAGACCACAUUUAAUUUCCGGGUUUUUAACAAACAAUUCGUGGGAUUAGACAAAGCCGGCAAUGGAAUUAAUAUCGUAGCCGUUGCAAGUACACCAGGAGUAUGGGAGACAUUUCAGAUCGUCAGAAAAUCGGAUGAUGUAAACCGUGUCCGGAUUCGAGCAUCAAAUGGAUUUUUCUUGCAGGUAAAGACAGAGGAACUUGUUACUGCUGAUUUUCAAGGAAAUGGCACAUGGGCAGACGAUGAUCCCUCAGUUUUCUUGAUUACAUCCGCUGGAGGAUACCAGGGUGAAUUUCAAGUAACCAACGGCUAUGGCCCAGUCAAGGCACCACUAGUCAUGGGGGAACACUGGAGGACAUUUAUAGUGGAGGAUGACUUCAAAUUCGUAGCAGGGAAUGGAUUGAAUGCUGUGAGAAUUCCAGUUGGGUGGUGGAUUGCCUGUGGCCCCAAUCCCCCUAAACCUUUUGUGGCUGGAGCCUUGCGCGCCUUAGACAACGCCUUCUUCUGGGCUCGGAAAUAUGGCCUUAAGGUCAUAAUUGAUCUACAUGCCGCACCGGGCUCUCAAAAUCCCUGGGAACACAGUGGCACUAGAGAUGGUUCUCAAGAAUGGGGAUUGACCGAUGACAGCAUUAACCAGACAGUGGCCGUCAUAGACUUCCUAACUGCUAGAUAUGCAAAGAGCCCAAGUCUAUUAGCAGUUGAGCUACUGAAUGAGCCUCUUUCACCGGGGGUUUCUCUGGACACCCUUUCCAAGUACUAUAAGGCUGGUUAUGAUGCAGUCCGCAGGCACUCUUCCACUGCUUAUGUAAUAUUGUCCAACCGAUUAGGCCCUGCUGAUAGCACGGAGCUGAUUCCUUUCGCCAGUGGGCUCACCAGAUCUGUUAUUGAUGUCCAUUACUACAAUCUUUUUUCCGAUGUAUACAGCAAUUUGACUGUUCAACAGAACAUUGAUAUUAUACAAACCAAUAGGACAGCUCAAUUGGCCAGAAUCACAUCAGCAAAUGGACCUCUUGUUUUUGUUGGUGAAUGGGUAGCUGAAUGGGAAGUUAGUGGCGCCGCUAAAGAAGAUUACCAAAGGUUUGCAGCAGCACAAUUGCAAGUGUAUGGGCGAGCAACAUUUGGAUGGGCUUAUUGGACUCUUAAAAAUGUUGUUAACCACUGGAGUUUGGAGUGGAUGAUCAAAAAUGGUUACAUCAAGCUUUAAGCUCUUACCAAUUUCUCCUUUAUUUAUUUUUUGGGCUCUAUUUGCCAAAGCAUACAUGCAGCCAUGGUUACAUCUUGAAUUUCCACUCAAAGGAAGCAAGA